CUUGUCUCUCGCGCAGAGAUCCUGGGCAGAGGCUCGGCCUGGACGAUGCAGCGGCAACAGCCCCCCCUUCCUUUACCUCACCUCCAGGGUACUUCGAAGACAACAUCUUUUGCCACUUCUGCGCUAGCAUGAUUAGUGGGUUGGUGACAACAGCGGCCUCCAUGCCAGUGGACAUCGCCAAGACCAGGAUCCAGAACAUGCGGAUGAUUGACGGGAAGCCUGAAUACCGGAAUGGGUUGGAUGUGCUGGUGAAGGUUGUCCGCUAUGAAGGCUUUUUCAGCCUGUGGAAGGGCUUCACCCCGUACUAUGCCCGCCUGGGCCCCCACACCGUCUUGACGUUCAUCUUCCUGGAGCAGCUGAACAAGUUCUACAGGAAGUUCUUUCUCGGGACCUGAGGGCCUGUCUCCCUGAUGCCCCCCCACCUAUGGCAGAUGAAAAGGCAGGGGCCCCCCCUCUCCUGUCCCGCCAAUCACGAGGACGGACUGACUCCUCCCAGGAGCGGAGGGCGGACGUUAUUUAUUGAGGAAGGGGAUGUGCUUGGGCCCCGGGCCCGCUGCAGGGGUUGCCGCAGAAGCAAGCGGCCGCUUAAUUUUGCUUUCAACUGAGUAAACGCGAUCAUGGUCUG